AUGAUUCAACCUCAAACCCAUUUAAAUGUAGCAGAUAACAGCGGGGCUCGAGAAUUGAUGUGUAUUCGAAUCAUAGGAGCUAGCAAUCGUCGAUAUGCUCAUAUUGGUGAUGUUAUUGUUGCUGUGAUCAAAGAAGCAGUACCAAAUAUGCCCCUAGAAAGGUCAGAAGUCGUCAGAGCUGUAAUUGUGCGUACCUGUAAAGAACUCAAACGUGACAAUGGUAUGAUAAUACGAUAUGAUGACAACGCUGCAGUUGUUAUUGACCAAGAAGGAAAUCCAAAAGGAACUCGAAUUUUUGGCGCGAUCGCCCGGGAGUUGAGACAAUUAAAUUUUACUAAAAUAGUCUCAUUAGCUCCCGAGGUAUUAUAA